CAACCCUAGAACCCUAUUCCCUAGUAGAGACGCAUCCCUAAGCAUCAGAAUAAAAAGUACAAAACUCUAAAAAGUUUGAUAUUCAUGUUGGAUUAAUUACAGACAUACCGGUGUAUUUUGUUUUGUUUUAUAAUUGUUUGCGUUAAAAAGAGGCCGAAAGGUUUUAAAAAAAACACAAUCUUUAACACUCGUAAACGAGGAAAUGGAGCAACAACCACAUCAAUCAAAAAGCGCAAGUUAUAUAUCGAAGUUGUUCGUUUGUACUUCCGUCGACUGUAAAGAUGAGAUUGAAGAGAAAUUUGAAAGGUCUUUUGUAAACCUUCAACAACAAAUAUCUGGCCUUGGCGAUAAGGAAAUGCAUGACAUCCUCUCUCAAAUUGCGUGCAAGGACAAGCAGCAUGACGAAAUGUCCAUCGGGUUAUUAUAUAUUAUGCUAACAGAUCCCAUUAUGGCUCCAAAGACGUAUCGAGAUAUAACACUUGUUUCGAGGGACGGGAUGAGUGUGAUUGUAGCAAAUCUAACUUUACUGGUAGCCGAAAAAUAUUCAAAACUUACUGAGGGUGCCUGCAGGCAAAUUAUCUGGGUGUUGCGUGAGUUCGUCAAGCAUCAAGUACUCAGUGUUGAAAAUGUCAUAUGGAAUUGUCUGCGGCAAGCGGGUGGCGGUGAUGUUUCACAUAAAAAUUUAUAUCUUGUCGAGAAUUUACUUGAUAUUUUCAUCGAAUAUCGAAAUUGGCUGGAAACAAAUCCGUUUCUCGUUCAAUCAAUAGUUUACAGUUAUGUACGCCUUAUUGAGGAUCAUUCCAAUCCUGCCCUUGCAUCCCUGCGACAAAAAGAGGUAAAUUUUACAAUAUCCCUAAUACGGGACCGUUUUCAGGAUGUUAUUCCCUUAGGCAGGGACUUCGUUCGCCUUUUGCAAAAUGUGGCACGCAUUCCUGAAUUCGAACAACUCUGGAGGGAUGUUCUUUACAAUCCAAAAAGUUUGCAUCCUACAUUUAACGGGAUUUGGCAGUUGUUACAAAUCCGCACGAGUCGUCGUUUUCUGCAAUGUCGCCUACUUCCUGAAAUGGAGCGCAAGUUACAUUUUCUUGCAUCAUCUGUAAAAUUCGGCAACCAGAAACGUUACCAGGAUUGGUUUCAGGAUAAAUAUUUUUCUACACCCGAAUCGCACAGUUUGCGGUCAGAUUUGAUCCGUUUUAUUAUUAAUGUCAUCCAUCCUACCAAUGAUAUGCUUUGCUCAGACAUUAUACCGCGUUGGGCCAUUAUCGGUUGGCUUAUUUCGUCAUGUACAAACCCAAUUGCGUCGGCGAAUGCCAAGUUGUCUCUUUUUUACGACUGGCUUUUUUUUGAUCCGACAAAGGAUAAUAUUAUGAACAUAGAGCCCGGCAUUUUGGUUAUGUAUCAUUCAAUAAGAAAUCAUCCAUUUGUCAGUAGUACUCUCUUAGAUUUCUUGUGUCGAAUUACUAAGAACUUUUACGUAAAGUACGAGGACAAAAUACGCAUGGGUGUAUACAAUUCAUUAAAACUUAUUCUUGAUAAACAGGUCAUACCAAACCUCCAACCACUCUUCGAGUCGCCGAAACUUGAUCGUGAACUGCGAAAUUUAAUAAGAGACAAUUUCCGGGAAUUUGUGUCACCCGCCGCUACAAAUAGUUUGUCCCAGCCUCUGUAUCCAACUAUUUGUUCAAUUCAGGCACCAAUUUUCAAAAAAGAAACGGAUCAGCGUAUAAUGCAAUGCAGUCAAGACCAUUUUGAAAUUGGUGAAGCUACAUUCAACGCCAAUAGUGACACCAUUGUAUCGCUGCUAGAUGGCGAAAACAAAAUAGUUGUAAUACCAACGGAAACUCUGACUACUGAUAAUGAAGUAGUCUUCAGUGAUGAAGAUGUCGAAGGAGUCGGGCGACCCAACAAAAAUGAAGAAAAUACCGAUGAUGACGACGACUUGCCAUUGUCAAAGGUCAGACUCAAAGAAAAGCCAUUUACUGAAAAAAUAGAGCUUCCCCAAACAAUAGCCGAAUCAUUCGAAACAUUUGUAGCUAAACGAAAUUCUUUUACAUGGGAGUCGUUUUUAAAGGAUUUUCGCACAUUACCUGCCUGUACAUUGGAAGAAGGGCAGCUAAAUUAUGUGAUCUCAAAUGCGGUACUGGUUCUCCGGGAUACACUCCCACAAAACCAUAUAUUUUCGGAGAGCAAAACGGAUGAAAAAUUUUUAGCAAAGAGCAUAAGUUACCCACUUUAUGGUCUGUUCCGAUUUCUUUAUGAGAACGAGGAUAAAAGCAAGAAACCGUUUCAAACAAUGCUUUCGGAAAUAUGCGAGCGUAUACCCGAAAUAGGAUACCUUUUACUUUAUUUUAUGAAAAUUCACUGUAAACUGCAAACACGAAAAAAUUCGCAGCACCCAUAUCAGUUCAAAACUAGUGUGUAUAGACAAAUCUGCGAAGCAACAGAUGACAAGAUUGUCAAUUGUUUAGUACGUGACCUUGAUCUGUUAGAAAAAGAAAACACGGCCAUAUAUUUAUGGCUGCUGCCGGAUAUCUAUAGAGAAUUUAAAUCAAUAGCUAUUAACAAUAAUGAGAUUUUACGAAUUACGUUGCGAUGCGUUGACGCAAAAAACGUCCGAGACAUAAUUUAUUCAGUAGCCCAAGGUAAACUUGCUAUAUUUAAGCACGACUGUAUAAUUGAAUGUAUUAGGGAAAGUUUAGACUAUGAAACGUACGAGCAAUUUUGCCUUUGGCAGCUUAUUCAGGCACACGAUGUGCCCCUUAAAAGUAUUCAGGAUUUACUGCCAGAACUAGAAGCUGCAAAUCAUCCAGAAGCUUUAAGCCACAUGCUGUUAUUACUGAAAAAUGAGGAACCGACAAAUGAAAUAAUUCGACUAAUGCUUAGCAGAGAAGCAAAAGCAAGGGGGGAUUCAUUUGUUACAUCAGCUUUAAGGUUUUGGUGCCAGCGUUAUGAGGAAAAGCUUUCCGAAAUCAUAGCAUCUUUACUCACAUCCAAAUAUCCUAGUUCAUCUCCCAAUAAGCGAAAACGGCCCACUAAGAGUAGCUCUGCUUCUAGUAGUAUUCCAUCAGCUGAUCAAGUAUUAAACCACCUAGAACAUUAUCGAAGAAGUUGUAGACAUGGCACCGGGACGGGGCUAUAUGUUCACGAUAUGAUGCAACGAGCUUUACAGUCAGCGUAUUCUCAUAGUAAUGAUAGCACGAAGAAACAGUUCAGUGAUCUUUUCGCAUUAGCAGCGGAAGACGAAACAUCUGCAGUUGGCCGGCGUGGUGGCAGUGGUCGUGGUCGUAAACAACCUUUGAAUAAAAAGGACUCAAAUAUUCACAAUACCGGAAACAAAAAAAACAGCGAAAUUCUUAAGACAGUAUAUUCAUCGGAUGAUAAUUCGAGCGAGGAGGAUUGGUCAAAGCAUAAAAUAUCCCAAGCAGCAAAAAAGAGAAAAAAAAAUAUCCCUGAUUCCGAAUGACAAUGUCAAUCUUUAUCGUCAAUUCCAUCUUUAAAGACUAGAUAUGAAGAAAGUCUUUUCAAAAUUGAAAAGGGGGUUUAGCUACUUUUAAGGUUUUACAACAAGUAAUUACAUAGAGGAAAAUUUAAGUUUGUAAAUGCUAAUAUUUCAGUGUUAUAUUUUUUUAACGUAAUAAAAUAAAUAAAUAACCAAA